UCUGCCAUCGUAUAGUGAGGCCUGGAAUCUGUGGCCAGUCGGUGAUUGUGUUUAGAGCAGCCUGCCUUCAGUGUCACAGCGAAGAGGUAGUGGAUACAGUGCUGGGAGACACAGGGAGAGACAGCUAGGUGUAAUAUUCUAAUUCUUGUCCACAACCCCAGAGCCUGUUCUCAGGCUGCCUGAUUGGCUUAAUGAUGACAAACAUAAACAGGAAUCAGAAGACGGAGAGGAUCCUGGAUCUGACCCUGGAGGUCAACUUUCUGCUGACUGGAGAGGAUUAUAUUGUUGUAAAGAGGCCUGCUGAGUCCAUACUACAAAGCAACAGCCCCUGUGUGUCCGAUGGAUCGAACAGGACCCCGAACCCCAGCACGGUGCCUCCACCUCACUCACUGAUACAUGAUGGAAACAAUGAGCAGAAGGUCCUGAAACUGACCAAUCAGAUCAUCCACCUGCUGACUGGAGAGGUGUGGGAAUACUUUGAAAAACACAAGGAACCGUACAGAGACAUGGCGGUGCAGACUCCCCAACCUCUCAGCUCACCGGAUGGUCCUGUGACAGCUGAAGUUGGUAAAUUUCACACUCCUGUUUCUUCACCUAAUUGUACAACCAAUGAUAAUAACGUUACAAAUAAUCAGAAAAGAAAUGUACUAAACACAAUCAAGAGUAAAGCUGUGAAACAUGAUGAUGAAUUAUAUGAAGAAAGGACAUUAAGGGAUGGCAAAACAUGCUCACACAAGGAACCUAAACAGACCGAAUAUCCAUCUAGUCAUAUUAAGAAAGAAUCAGCCACCUCUGAACCAGGAAAUCUCUCCGACACUGACAUUUACCCACCCACAGAACAUACACAGAGUGAAUAUCUGUCUACUUGUAUUGAAGAAAAACCAGACUCCUGUGAAGAAGGAAAUCUUCCAGACUGUGAUCGUUAUGAAAAAACAAAACACGCACAUACAGAAUAUUCUUCUUGUCUUGAGAAGAAAUCAACCUCACGUGAAGAAGGAUAUUUCCCUGAUGUGGACCUUUAUACACCUAAAGAACAUACACAGACAGAAUAUCCACCUGCUCAUAUUAAGGAGGAACCAGCCUCAUGGGAGGAAGGAACUCUCACAGAUACUGACAUGUAUAUUCUCCCUGAACAUACACAGAGAACAUAUCAGUCUCCUCGGAUUAAGGAGGAAUCUGCCUUCUGGGAAGAAGGAAAUCUGGCAGACAUUCAGCCCCAUACUUAUUGUAUUGAUGUCCAUAACAUUGCCAGUGGUAGCACACAACAAGGGAAGAACAUGAAAGUACUACACCAAAGAAAAUACACAAUGGAUAAGAUCUAUAAUAGCUUUGGAGAUUGUGAGAUGUCCGCUUCCAAUUUGGAUCUAAAUAAACAUCAGAAUCAACCUAAAGGAAAUAAACUGUCUUGUUCUGAAUGUGGGAUAAAUUUCACAAGUGAAGCAGAUUUCAUUGGACAUUCAUGUUUUAAUCAGAAAUCGCAUCUUCUCCAACCUCACAGGACUUACCAAGAAGAUAAAUCACUGUCCUGCUCCGAAUGUGGGAAAUGCUUUUUUAAGAGAAAAUAUCUCCUUCAGCAUCAACUCAUUCAUGCCAAAAAACAGACUUUUUCUUGUACUGUUUGUGGAAAGUAUUUCAAAUUACAGAGUACUCUAAAGUCACAUCUGAGGAGUCACACAGGAGAGAAACCAUUUUCAUGUUCUGAAUGUGGGAAAUGUUUCAGUGAAAAAUCCUCUCUUAAUAGGCAUCAGAGGGUUCACACAGGAGAGAAACCAUUUUCUUGUUCUGUCUGUGGGAAAUGUUUUAGUUGGUUGCCUAGUCUGUAUAUUCAUAUGAGGAGUCAUACGGGAGAGAAGCCUUUUUCUUGUUCCAAAUGUGGAAAAUGCUUCCGUUGGCUCUCAAGUCUUAAUGCACAUUUAAAGAGUCAUGCAGGAGAGAAAUUAUUUUUCUGUUAUGAAUGCGGGGCAUUUUUUACAGAUAAAUCAAAGCUCAUUUCACAUCAGAUGAUUCACAUAGGAGAACCUGUUCAAUAAAUGUUUUUUACUAUUACACUGGCUCUGACAUCCA